AUGGACCAACAGCAACUCGAUGAUUGGCAGUUUCCGCUUUGGAGUGAAGAAGAAAUAGAUGCAUCCUACUUUGAGAAAUUCCUGGCUACAGACGUAACACAAGAUGCGACCCUUGCCACAUCCAUGCCGCCCGACACGUUCGGCAUCAACUCCCGGGCGAGUAACAUGAACUACGAGGAUCUCUUUGCAGGGAACAAAUUAGGGUCAUCAAGCAAUACCUCUUCGGGAAGCUAUCCAACGGAUUUCACCACCAAGCAGGCAGUCGAAGGCUACCGACACAUACCUGUACCACGACAACACACGCUUCCUCGUCGUCGCAGCAAGUACAUGAUACGGACAUCAAUAGGAACAUCUAGUCCCAUUGCCAUACCAAUCAGCCCCCAAUAUGAAAACGAACAAGAGCAAUCUUUAACGAUGCAGCGAUGGCGCAAUUCGCCACCUGAAGAUGAGGCGGCAUCUUUCACCGCUAUAUGCGACGCUCUCGAUGGCCGGCCCGUAGCUAUAGCACCGAGGAUCAGUCGUUCUUCAAGUCACAAUGCUUUCCGAAAGUACCGAGGCCCAUCAUCAACAACUAGUCUUGACAGUGCAGCGAGUGAAUCUUCGCUGCGAUCGGCCAAUUCAAGUCAUUCUGCUACAUCGCAAACUAGACGCCGCAGUCAAGCUAGUAGGACACGUACAAAGGGCAAGGCCAAGAUCAAGAAUGCAGAUGACCCAAACCGUAUUUUCAAAUGUACAUUUUGUUGCGAUACAUUCAAAACCAAGUAUGAUUGGACACGGCAUGAGAAGUCACUACAUCUGAACAUGGAGGAGUGGGUGUGUACGCCGCAUGGAGCUUCUGUCGUGCUGCCUCUGACUGGCAGAGUUCAUUGUGCAUACUGCAGUGCCCUUGACCCAACCCCUACCCACUUGCAGCAGCAUAACCACGAGGCUUGUGAUGACGGCAGAUCUACGCCUCGUAUAUUUCGCCGAAAGGACCACCUUGUUCAACACCUCCGCCUCGUCCAUGGACUAGAUACCCUUCCUCUUAUUGAUGAUUGGAGGCUCGAGUCAGGUCCCAUAACGUCUCGCUGCGGCAUUUGCGAUACCAUCUUGAGAAGCUGGGAUGAAAGGGCAGAUCACUUGGCAGCGCACUUCCGCGAAGGAAAGACGAUGGACGAUUGGACAGGCGAACACGGUUUUGAGCCUGCUGUGUCUGCUCGCGUCCUUAACGCAUUCCCACCUUAUCUUAUUGCAGAUCAAGCAAAAACAGUAGUCCCUUUCUCCGCGACGAAUCCAGGCUCAAUUGACCACACCAAGCAAUUUAUCUCGCAUCUGCAAUUAGAGGAAGCAGCGUCCGUAUUUGCCCCGGAGGAUUCACCAUUUCAGGACCAGCAGGACUUGAGCGACUCUCUGGCUGCGCUUCGAACAAUGCCAUCUCUACACAACAACUAUGAUUUUGCUACAGUGCUUACCCACCAUCUCAGCCGCUUCGCGAGACAGCAGAUGCUUUUGGGUAUCAUUCCUACUGACGAGAUGUUUCAACGAGAAUCAAGAAGGCUUUUUUACCAGGACGGAGAUGACGGAUGGAACCAGACUUUAGCUGACCAUCCAGGUUGGCUACAGGAUUUCCGUCAGCAAGGCGGAUUUAUGUGA